GUGAAGCCGCGGACAAGCGGACCCGGACCCGAACUAUGGCCGAGAAGCUGAUGGAGCCUCCGUUUUAACUUUCGACCCCAUCAGGCUGGCAUCUGUCCCGACGAGCAGCCGCCCCCAGGUCUAGGGUUCCCCCUUUCCUCUUCUCCACGCGAAUCAGCUAGAUACUAGCACCAGCAUCGAUGGCGGCGGCAGCGCCGGCGGACGCGAAGGCGGAGGCCGCCAAGAUGGACCUCCUCGAGGACGACGACGAGUUCGAGGAGUUCGAGAUCGACCAAGAAUGGGAUGACAAGGAAGAUGGCAACGAAGCUGUCCAGCAAUGGGAGGAUGACUGGGAUGAUGACGACGUGAACGAUGAUUUCUCACUGCAGCUGAGGAAAGAGCUGGAGGGAGGCAACACUCAGAAGAGCUGAACUACUUCGAUCAGGCACUGUGUGGCCAUUGCUCUCUGAACCUGUGAUACUUCCCUAGCAAUAUCAAGCUCUGAUACUUAUCUUCGUUUCAGCACUGUGUAUCAGACUUUGUACCUUACUGCAUGUAGUUAUCGGCUGCGAGCAGCAUAACUUGCCGAACAAUGAUAGUUCCCAGAGAGUAUCGCAAUUACCCAAAAGUUUGUGGACA